AGAUCGCGUAGUGAAUCAGGGACGAGGCCAGUGCACUGCGAGUGAACAGGGCAAGAAGAUGGCACGGGUCGGUAGCGCAGUGUGCGGCGUUCGAGCUGCCCUUCCUCUGCUCUUCGUGGCGAUGGCGAUGGCAGCAUCCGAUCUGUUUGAAAACCAACUGGGAGACAUCAGCUACUGCAAAAACCAGUGUCAGAUCACCAUCAAAAACAAAAAAGCUGCCAAAGACUCCAUAAUGAAUGCAUGCUACCGUGGCUGCCGGCUCUAUUCAAUUUGCCAGUUUGUGAAUGGAAACACAGGCUUCAACAACAGCAAGGAGGAAUGUCAGGGAGCAUGCCAGGAAGCAUACAGUAAGUUGUUGGAGCAGGAGGCUUGUAGCACAGGCUGUAACAGCCAACCAGCUGAGCCCGAAAUCAAACGGAGGAAGCUCAAGGCCCUGACCAACCGCCCCAAACCAGUUUCAGUACUGGACGCUUUGUUUGGAUGGUGUAAUGAUAUAGUCAGCUCUGCACAAAGCUUCAUGUCCUCCACAUGGACUUUCUACCUGCAGGCUGAUGAUGGCAAGGUGGUUGUGUUCCAGAGUGAGCCAGAAAUUGAGUAUUAUGUACCUGAACUGCAAGCCCCACACUCCAGUGUUGCAAACAAACCCUGGCCUGAAGGAAAUCCUCAGAAACAGAGACUACAAUCUGGAGACCGACUGCAUGGAGAGAGAAAUGCGCCUAAAGUGAAUAAGGGAAAGCAAAGCAGUCAGCAUGUUGAGGACACAGUUGGAGAACACGACUUCCUGGGCUGCAUGUCAAGACGUUCAGGUCUGCCACGUUGGAUCUUAGCUACCUGUCUCCUGUUAUCAAUCAUGGUGAUGCUAUGGCUGAGCUGUGCCAGUCUGGUAACAGCACCGGAGCAACAUGUGAAGACUCAGUUAAGCAUCAAUGGUGAUAAGGAGUUCCUGGACUACAUGCCAAAAGUCAACCCCUACCAUCUAACUUCAGUGAUUGCUGUUGCAGUCGAUCAUCAUGAUGAAGGAAAAGAGGCAGGGCCUCUGCCAGUCAAAGUUGACCUGAACAAAACCUCACUUUAAAUUUAUUAUAAUAAGUGUGAUUUGCUGGUACUUCUGUCCCUCAAUUAGAGGAAGAAUUCAUAACAUUUAAUUUUCUAAAUAAAAAUGCAUGGUGUAUAUAUAUUCUUAUAUAAUUAUACAGGAUACAUGCAAUUAAGCCAUUCAGUAAUAUUGGUUUAGAUGUUUAUUGUGUUCACUAGACAGUACUGCUUUCAAAGGCAUUAAGAACAUGUUUAACCAAGCUUUGAUUGUAGCACUGAAGAUUUGGGAUGUUAGUAUUCUUUGAACUAGAAUGUCUUUAACACAGCCAAGGUCUCAUAACUUCAGUGAGCAAAAGACAAACACUGACAGCAUCAUUUUCAAUUUGAUUAGUUAUCUUUGAAUAGAAGGAGAUUUGACACUUGAUUUUGCCAGUUUGUACACCACAAGAAACAGGCCCUACUUGUAGAAUAAUGGGAGUAUACAUGUACAUACAUGUAGUUAUUUAUGUCUAUCACUAAUGUAUAUCACUGAUGUAUAAGGUCUUAUUGUAUUUUAUCUCUCAUUUAGAUAAUAGAUAAUCGAUAAGAUUCUGUGAUUAAGUAGUAUUUACAGAAAACUUCAAGAAAGGAUUAGGAGCGAUGCCUAGGUAAAGUAAAAUUGUAAAUUUCUCUUUUAUUCUUGAGAUUGUGGGAUGGGAUGAUUCUCCUCCUUCUGCUUAGUGCUAGAUUUUGACAAAUAGAUAAUUGGUUCCAUGCUAUAGAGCUGACUAGUCUAAUGGCUCUUCUAGUGCUGAUUGUGUUUCUAAGCUAUUUUAACCAUGUGGUCCUAAUCGCAGUGCAUGCUAGCAUAUUUUAAGACUUAGCAAUUAUCUACCAACCCACUUAUGGCAAUAGACUAUUAUAUGCUAUUUGUGUUUAUAGCUUAAUGUUGAACGACAAUGCAAUUAUACAACACAGAUGGGUUAAGAAAAUAAAUAUCUCAAAAUGUUAACUGCUUUUUAGUGACAUGAUUGUUGCAUGAACUAAUCCAUAAUACAUAAUGAAUGUAUUUUGUCCACAUCAUAAUUAACUGGUGUUAGAAUUUUUUGUUUGCUCUACAUGAUUUGCUCCAGAACUCACUACUAAUUUAUUAUUAACAGAUCUUCUCUGUGUCAGCAUGUCAUGCAGUAAAGAACAAAACUGUACAAGAAAAGAGAGAGAUACAAGCUUAUCGAAGUUCUCAGUUUUCCUUUGGAAUUUUCAAAUGCAGUCAUAAAGAGGGUGCUAACACUUACAAUUUAACCAUCACCACAUUUCUAUUUUUUGACUUCUUGCUGAAGGCGGCAUGGUGGUGUAGAGGUUAGCACUGUUGCCUCACAGCAAGAAGGUCCUGGGUUUGAGCCCAGCGGCUGGUGAGGGCCUUUCUGUGUGGAGUUUGUAUGUGUUCUCUGUGUGUCACACUUCUGGGCUCACCUAACACUCUGGACUCCACUUCCCACACACCUGACAUUACCACAUGCAUUCCAUCAACCAACCCAGAGCCACUUCCUAAGAGUGGCUCCCCUGAGUUCUAAUUGUCAUUACCUGUACCUUUUUGUUUAUGUCUGUAUUUAUACCCCUCUUAUGUUUUGUUCAUUGCACAGUAUUGCCUCCACAUUUCCGUGAGCCUACUGAGUGUUUAUAUUUCUGAUUGCGUUUCCAUGUAUGACCCUUUUUGCCUUCCGAUUUCUUCCUGUUUUGCCUAGCCCUUGUGUUUAUCUGCUUGUUUCUCUCGCUUCCCGGUUUCUGGAUCUUCGCCUGUUUCUUGACUCCGAUUUGCCUAGCCCUUGUGUUUAUCUUGCCUGUGUUUUCUUGAUUUCCAGUUCUUGGACUAUUGGCCAUUUCAUGACCUUGAUUUGUGUAGCCCUCAUUAUUUUGUUGGAUUUCCCGGUAUUGACCUGGCUUGGUUAUUGUACAUUGUCUUCUCUCACUGUGUCUAUUAAAACGUUGAGUUUAUUCUUAA